GAGCGGGUGUUGCGGCCUGCGGGCGACCGGCGCGUAACCGCCUGAGGCAGCUCGCUGUCGCCGAGGCUGCUUGCGGGGGGCCGCCCGCCCUUCGCCGCUCUGCGCAAGCAGGAAUCUUGGGAAGCCAAAAUGCGGCAUAAUCAGAUGUGUUGUGAGACACCACCUACUGUCACUGUUCAUGUAAAAUCAGGUUCAAAUAGGUCACAUCAAACUAGAAAACCUAUUAAUCUGAAGCGUCCUAUUCUUAAAGAUAGUUGGCAAGCAUCUGAAAAAAAUUCACAUAAUAACAAAUCUAAGCGGCCCAAAGGACCCUGUCUAAUUAUACAGCGUCAGGAAAUGACUGCUUUCUUUAAAUUAUUUGAUGAUGAUUUAAUUCAAGAUUUCUUGUGGAUGGACUGCUGCUGUAAAAUUGCAGACAAGUAUCUUUUGGCUAUGACAUUUGUUUAUUUCAAGAGAGCUAAAUUUACUAUAAAUGAGCAUACCAGGAUAAAUUUCUUUAUUGCUCUGUAUCUGGCUAAUACAGUUGAAGAAGAUGAAGAAGAAGCCAAGUAUGAAAUUUUUCCAUGGGCUUUAGGGAAAAACUGGAGGAAAUUGUUCCCCAAUUUCUUAAAGUUAAGGGACCAACUCUGGGACAGAAUUGACUAUAGGGCUAUUGUGAGCAGGCGGUGCUGUGAAGAGGUUAUGGCUAUUGCACCAACCCAUUACAUUUGGCAACGAGAGCGCUCUGUGCAUCACAGUGGAGCCGUGAGGAACUACAACCGAGAUGAAGUUCACCUGCCCCGGGGUCCUAGUGCCACACCAGUCGACUGUUUACUGUGUGGUAAAAAAGGAAGAUAUAUGAGAUUGGGAUUGUCUUCAUCGUCAUCUUCAUCCAGUGACACAGUAGAGCUAACGGAAAAACAUUCUCAGGAAUCACACAAUUCAUUAUCAAUGGACAUGAUAGGUGAACCUUCUCAAGCUAAUAGCUAUUCUCAAGACCAGACUGGUCUCAAACUCACAGAGAUCCGCCUACCUCUGGGAUUAAAGUAGUCAAUGACCAUCAAUCAAACAAAGAAAAGGAACCUAAUUUUAUGAAGAAAGACAAAGCUAUGGAGUGGUUUACAGGAAGUGAAGAAUGACAAGGCUCUACUAAAGCAACUUGGAAUCAUAGCUACAGAAUGUCCAACUAAAUGCAAGACAAUGUCAAAAUGGGGCAGUUACCCAGCUGUACAAUGUUCUCUAGCUUCUGUUACUCCUCAAACAUAUGUAAAAGUUACACAAAUCAUAGUAAUAACUGAAAGUACCAGUUUAUGACAGCGAUUGAGAAUAUGUUCUCAUUUGAUACUUCUCUGCCUUCAAAUUGAUUGCUGUCACCUCAGGUACUCAGUUCAGCUGUGGUUUGAACUUCCUUAACCUGAUGAGAAAAGCUAGUUUGAAAGAGAACACAAUUAAGGUCAUACAGUGCAUUAGUUAAAAGAAAGAAACAUUUAAUAUGUUCUGAAAAUAUUACUGACAUGUAUGACCAGUUUGCAAUAUAGGGACAUGGUCUGUAUAGAAAAUGUGAUUCUUCUGUAACAGAACAAAAUGCAUACUAUACUGUGUAAGUGUUUUAUAAUUUGUUCACAAAAAAGUAUUGAAACAUUAAACACUGUUCUUUUCCUGUAA